ACACCUAUAAGUUCGCUCAGUGUAGCAUACCACUACUAACGAGACGUGCCGUUAUGCAGUUGGCACACCUCAUUGUUGUUGCCGACUUUAUCGUUUAGAGAUAGGUAUGUAGAGAGAGAGAAAGAAAGUUGUGAACUAGUAGAUGAUAACAAACAAGAAAUAGAAGAAAUAAUAGUAAAUAAAGUAGGACAAACGGCCAUAGCUGAAAAUUUUGUAGCUUGAGUUCGAUCCUUGUUGCAAAUAAAAAGUAAAGUUUAUACAGUUUAAAUUGUUUGAAGUGCAGGAAAGUUGGUGGUAAAGUGCCGAUAAUCUGGGAUCUGUUUUCGGAUCAAAAUUCCCAUUGGUGCAACUGCCAUCCUAUCCGUGUCGACGGCGACCUGAAAGGAGAAGAAAAAGUAAAAAUAGGAGAAGUUUGUAAGGCGUAAGUAAAUGAAUGAAUUGCAAAUUGUAAAUAAACUAAUGGAAAUUAUGUAAACAGGAAAAGGAGAAAGUGGAAGUGAAUUGUAGAUUGUAGAUCGCUCUACGGAAACGCUAUUUGGUGUUCAAAGAAGGAGUAAGAAACCAAUUAUUGUAAGUAAACUAUAGAGUAAAUUAAGUGUAUAAGUCUAAUAAAGAAUUUUUGUAGUUUGAGCUGCCACGAAACAGUGCUGCUUCGAAAACUGGUUCAAGUCCGAACAUACUCAAAAAUAAUUGAACCUGAUUCGGAUCAACCGUUGAAGCACCAUGGCCAAUCCAAAUGCGACAAAUCUAGAUUUUACGGAGACUCCGUGCGCGGCGUGCGAUGACGUUUCUACUGAAAACGAAAAGAUGAUAGGCUGCGACGGAUGCCAGCUGUGGUUCCACCUCCGCUGUGUAGGGGUUUCUGUCGAGGAAGCAGAGAAGAAGAAAAAGUGGUACUGCGCGGAUGACAAAUGCCAGCAAGCGAAGAAGAAGAGGAAGAAUCCCGUAAAGAAGAACGGUGAUGAAUCGGAUCGGUCCAGCGUCAAAUCCGACGCGACGCUCACUCUGGAGCAAAAGCUAAAAGCGAUGGAGGAGAGCCAGGUGCGAAUGGAGCAGGAGCUGGACGCGGAAAUUGUUUUGAAGCGGAAAGAAAAGGAGAUCCAGCGAUCGAUUGAAAGGAAGCGGAGGGCGCUGGAAGAGCAAAUGCGUGAAGAAGAAGAAGAGGAGGAGAAGCGGUGGCAGGAGGAAAUUCUGCAGGAGCGCAAGCUACAAUUGGACCGUAUGCGGGCCCGCCAGCAAUCAUUCGAAGCAAGCAUGAAGAAUCUGGACGAAGAGAUGUCCAAAUUGAAGACCGCGGAGAAGAACAGCACGCAGCAAAGAGACGCUGGUGAAGGUGUGUCCGGAGUGAAUCGGACGCCUUUGCGUAAUCCGGAGAUUGGGAAGCUGACGGAACACAAUGUGAAGAAGCUGAAGAAAGUCGAAUCCGAAGAAGAAUCCGAAAACGAAAGCAAUAGCGAGGAUAGCUCGGAGGAGACCGAUAGUGAUGUCAGUAGCGAACCUGAUAUUCCGACAUCGGUGAAAGGCAGAAAGACGGCCGCCAGCAAGGACAAGGCCAAGCUCGACAAUUUGAGCCAGCACGGGCUGGGGCAGGCACGGUGUGGACCUACGAAAGCUCAACUGUCUGCAAGAAGCGGUAUUAGCAAAAAGUUACCAGUAUUCUCCGGCCAACCGGAAGAAUGGCCGCUGUUCUACGGGACGUAUACAGCAUCAAAUGAAGCUUGCGGAUACACCGAUGUGGAAAACCUGGUGCGAUUGCAGGAAUGCCUGAAGGGUCCUGCGCUGGAAAUGGUUCGUGGUCAGUUGCUUCUUCCGAAGUCAGUACCGAAAGUUAUUGUAAAACUACGUCAGCUGUACGGUAGACCCGAACAAUUGCUGCAGAGUCAUCUGGAGAAAGUGCGUCGCUUAGAACCGCCAAAGGCAGGGAAGCUUGCUAGCUUCAUUCCUUUCGGCACGGCGGUCGAGCAACUAUGCGAGCAUCUGGAAGCGGCAGAACUUCAACAACACUUGGUGAAUCCAUUGCUGAUACAAGAUCUGGUGGAUAAACUGCCAGAUAACGACAAGCGCGAGUGGGUACGCUUCAAACGAGGCAAAAGGAAAGUGACACUCCGCACUUUCACCAACUUCCUCUCCGAAAUUGUGUCGGAGGCGUGUGAAGCGAAUGUGAGCUUCGACUGCAAACCGGUAAACAGGUCCACUGGCGAAGGACGUUCAGGAGCGAGCACUGGAAGGUCAAAGGGUGCGUUGUUCUACCACAGUGAAGGCGAGAAUACGUCGACAAAUCCGCCGUCGAGCGGGGCUGAUCGAAGAAGCUUAAAACCGUGCAGGGUAUGCCAACGGACAGAUCAUCGUCUACGUUACUGCCAGGACUUCAGGAAUCUCACAUAUGCGGAUCGAAUGAAGGUGGUAGAGCAUUGGAAGCUGUGUCAUGUGUGCUUGAACGAGCAUGGAACUGCACAGUGCAAGUUCAAGCUGCGGUGCAACGUAGGAGAAUGUCGGCAAUUGCAUAACUCGCUGCUGCAUCCGGCGAACGAAACGGUUGGAACAAGCGCUCAUAUCCGAACAAACAGCGUGAUGAUGUUUCGAAUGAUUCCAGUUCGUCUGCACUGCGGAGAAAAGUCUAUUACCGUCCUAGCUUUCUUGGACGAAGGCGCGUCAGUGUCGCUCGUGGAGCGGAAACUCGCGGAUCGAUUGGGAGUAGUUGGCGUACACGAAAAGCUCACCAUCCAGUGGACGGCCGAUAUAGAGCGGGUAGAGCGAGAUUCCAUGCGAACCAACGUAUGGGUGUCUGCAAUUGGAGGGGACGAGAAGAUGCUGCUGACCACGGUCCACACGGUUAGCAAACUGAUGCUACCAAAACAGUCGCUGAACUUCGAGGAGUUGGGUUUCCACCACAGCCACUUGCGAGGUUUACCCGUUUCAUCCUAUAAUGGACGGCCGGAAAUGCUCAUCGGCCUGAAUAAUCUACAGUGCUUUGCUCCACUGGAGGCCAAAAUCGGCACAGUCAUGGAACCAAUUGCAGUGCGUUGCCGUCUCGGAUGGACAGUUUACGGACCGAGGCAUACGUCUGCUCCAGCAAUGGCUGCUGGGUAUGUGAACGUUCACAACGGUUUCACGAACGAAGACCUACACGAUAUUCUAAAAAACCACUACGCAGUUGAAGAGUCGGUGGUUGCCGUGCAGUUAGAAACCGCGGAAGACAAACGGGCCCGCGAAAUCCUGGAGCGCACGACCAAAAGGAUCGGUGACAGUUUCGAGACAGGCCUGUUGUGGAAGGUAGACAACCCGUCAUUCCCCGAUAGCUAUCCUAUGGCGCUGCGCCGUCUCAAGCAGUUGGAGAAGAAGUUAGAACGGAACCCGGAUUUGCAGCGCAACGUCAGCAAGCAGAUCGUUGAAUAUCAGGAGAAAGGAUAUGCACAUCUCGCCACUCCUGAGGAACUCGCCGCAGCAGAACCGGAUAAGGUAUGGUAUCUUCCGCUAAACGUUGUCAUAAAUCCCAAAAAAACCCGGUAAGGUACGUCUUGUGUGGGACGCGGCGGCAGCCGUCCAAGGUGUAUCUUUGAACGCCAAAUUGUUGAAGGGGCCCGAUAUGCUGAUUCCGCUAGUCACUGUUAUAUCAGGGUUCAGGGAGCAUAGAAUCGCAAUUGGGGGAGAUUUGCGUGAAAUGUAUCAUCAAAUCAAAAUCGUAGCCGAAGAUAAACAGUUCCAACGUUUCCUAUUUCGAGACGAUCCUAAAGAAGCACCACGCGUCUAUGUUAUGGACGUAGCAACAUUCGGGUCUACAAGCUCUCCGUGUUCAGCGCAGUAUGUCAAGAACUGCAAUGCCGAGGAAUACGCAGGAGAGUUUCCGGAAGCAGCAACUGCAAUAAUCAAGCGCCAUUAUGUAGAUGAUUAUUUCGACAGUGUCG